AUGGCCUGGAGACAGCUGUUCCUGAUCUCCUGUCUCUCGGCCAUUGUGCUCCUGUCCAUCCUGCGGGAGGGGACUGCUGUGGCGGUGGACACCAGGCGGUUGGCAGGACAAGAGGUGCAGGAAGGCGUGGAAGGGAAGAUUUUCAUGCAGGAAUCAAAUGCCUUGAAUUUCCUCAAGAAGCGAGGCAAGCGGUCCCCCACAGCCCGAGAAGAGGUCAAUGCGGAGAACAGGCAGAAGCUGCAGGCGGAUGAGCUACGGAGAGAACAUUACGAGGAACAAAGGAACGAGUUUGAGAACUUCGUGGAGGAGCAAAACGAUGAACAGGAAGAGAGAAGCCGGGAGGCCAUCGAGCAGUGGCGCCAGUGUCAUGAAGACGGCCUGUACCCGCCCGAUCUCUACAAUCGCCACCGUAUCUGA